AUUUGCUAAAUUAGUUGAGUUCUGUUUUGCACGUUGAACGGGUGGGUCUUUUUGUUGUAAUUUUUACUGACGCAUAAAAGGUUAAUAGUUCUAGCGUCGCGCUUUUAAUUUAUGUUUGUUCAGCAUUUUCGAAAGUAUUAUUGUUCCUUUCAAGUUGGAAACAUAUCGCAAUUUGCCAAAGUCUUUUUCGUACGUUUUGGAAGUGUAGAGAAAAGCUGUAUAUUAAAAAGUGCAUACCUACGCUAAUAAAAAAUUGGUUUAGGCAGUGGCCGUUGUGACGUGACGGCAGCAGAAGCAGAAGAAGCGAAAUAGUACAAAAGAAAAUUUUAGUAAAAUAGAAUAGGAAAAGUUUGUAACGAAAAGAGGAAGAUCAAAACUGGUCAAGUGCAAAAGCGUUGUUACUGUCCCCCAGCUACCUUGGAGGUAGCUAUUGACGAGCUUUACGUUUUGUGCUUCCGUCGAAUGAUAGUAACGUGGACGAACGUAUAUUGCGCGACGCGAUACGAAACGAAAAUAUCGGGCAUUUAUUGAAACUACUCAUUGAGACCGAAAUGUCAGGAAAGUCCGUAAAAAUAGUUUCUUUACUGUAAUGCGUACAUCCUAAUAUGUUAUCUUCCGGUUCCUCUGAUUUCUUACUACUAUACAAAUCUUUAUAUAUGUAAAAAAUAAAAAAUUAAUAAUCAAAUACAAACAAAUCACGAAAAGUAGUUUUGUAAAUGAUAAUACUAUACAUUUGUGCUAAAUUUAAAAAAUACCGGGUCAGUGAAUUACAGUGAAUAAUAUUUAAUAAUUUCGCAACUUAUGCCGUAAAUCGUCGUCAUGUUCAAGUGCAUUCCAAUAUUCAAGGGCUGUAAUCGCCAAGUUGAAUUCGUCGAUAAACGUCAUUGUUCGUUGCCUAGCGUUCCAGAGGAAAUUCUACGUUACUCUCGCACUUUGGAGGAGUUGUUCUUGGAUGCUAAUCAUAUUCGAGAUUUGCCAAAGAACUUCUUCAGACUCCAUCGUUUACGCAAAUUGGGCUUAAGUGAUAAUGAAAUAGCCCGAUUGCCGCCAGACAUUCAGAAUUUCGAGAACUUGGUAGAGCUUGAUGUUUCACGAAAUGAUAUUCCAGACAUUCCUGAUGACAUCAAACACCUGCAAAGUCUGCAGGUCGCUGAUUUCAGUUCAAAUCCGAUUCCAAAAUUGCCUGCAGGAUUUUCUCAACUCAAAAAUUUAACAGUUUUAGGUUUAAACGAUAUGUCGCUCACCACAUUACCAGUAGAUUUUGGAUGCUUAACACAAUUGGAAUCAUUGGAAUUGCGUGAAAAUCUCUUGAAACACUUGCCUGAAUCGAUACGACAAUUGACCAAGCUUAAAAGAUUAGAUUUGGGUGACAAUGAAAUUCAAGAACUGCCACCAUAUCUGGGCUAUUUGCCCGGCUUACACGAGCUCUGGCUCGAUCACAAUCAGUUAGAAAGGCUGCCACCUGAGAUUGGUUUAUUAACCAAUUUGACAUAUCUUGACGUUUCGGAAAAUCGACUCGAAAAAUUACCUAAUGAAAUUGGAGGCCUCAUAAAUUUAACUGAUUUGGAUCUUUCACAAAAUUUACUUGAAACUCUACCCGAUGGUAUUGCCAAACUAAGCAGACUGACAAUUCUUAAACUUGAUCAGAAUCGUCUACAAAUGUUGAACCCGACUAUAGGAUCAUGCGUAAGCAUGCAAGAACUGAUAUUGACCGAAAAUUUCUUAUCAGAAUUACCCGUAUCGAUUGGCCAAAUGACAAAAUUGAGCAAUCUGAACGUUGAUCGCAACUCAUUGGAAAAGCUACCGGCCGAGAUGGGAAAUUGUGCAAAUUUAGGCGUUUUGAGUUUGCGCGAUAAUAAAUUAAAGAGACUGCCGCCAGAGUUGGGUAACUGUUCAGUGCUGCAUGUUUUGGACGUGUCCGGCAAUCAAUUGCAGUAUCUACCAUAUACAUUGGUAAAUUUGCAGUUGAAAGCUGUUUGGUUAUCUGAAAAUCAAGCACAGCCGCUGUUGACGUUCCAGCCGGACACAGACGAGGCAACAGGUGAACAGGUGCUGACAUGCUUCCUACUGCCGCAACAAGAAUAUCAACCCAUAACACCAGCUCGCGAACUGGAAACAGACUCAGAUGGCUGGGAAGAGCGUGAAGCCUCAAGAACACAUUCCGUUAAAUUUUCCGAGGAAUCAACACAGGAGAAGGAUACUCCAUUUGUUAGACAAAAUACACCACAUCCGAAAGAGCUGAAGGCAAAGGCGCACAAAUUAUUUGCCAAAGAUCGCACACGUGUAGAUGACGGCAAUUUAGAUACGGUAUCCGAAGAAAUCUCUGCAAAGUACGCUGCCAACGCUACAGAUAAAAUUGGCGCUAACUCAACAAUAGUUGAAAAUGUAGCAGAGACCAAGCCCAUCUAUGAGAAUCAUCAACAACAGUCACUCUCACCCAAAACACCGACUGCAGCUGUUUCAUUCGCACAACAACCUGCCGUUGUACAGACUGCAGGCGUACAGUCCCAGCCCGAUGUUAGCGCAGCAACUGUCCAUGAACCGAUAACAAAUGUUGCGCCCGAGCACGGUAACAGUGGUGUAAUCGUGACUACAGCAGCUGUAACAGCCUCAGCAGCCGGUGAUGAUGAUGAUGAAGACUUCGAUGAAUCAGAAAGAAAAGUGGGUUUUCAAGUUGAGGGUGAAGAUGAUGAUUUCUAUAAGCGACCAAUGAAGUUGCACAGACGUGACACACCACAUCACCUGAAGAAUAAGCGUGUGCAACAUAAUGUCAUCGACAAAAAGUCGAGUGAAAUUCUCGCCAAUGCAUUAAAUCAGGAAAAGAAAACAGCGCAAUUGCCUCCAGUUCAAUCACCCAUACAAGAAAACGAAGAUGCUGAGCAGAUUGAACAGCAAGAGCAACAACCAUUUGUAGCGUCUAUUUCACCUAUACCACCACCAAUAGUGCCAGGACCCUUACCUGACGAUGCCGUUGACGGCCUUACAGAGUUACGUUUGGAACAGUACGAAAUCCACAUUGAACGCACCACUGCUGGCCUUGGCUUGAGCAUAGCGGGUGGCAGAGGCUCAACUCCUUUUAAAGGCGAUGACGAAGGCAUUUUUAUAUCACGUGUUACCGAAGGAGGCCCAGCGGAUUUGGCGGGCUUGAAAGUUGGCGAUAAAGUGCUAAAAGUGAAUGGUAUUAAUGUGGUCGACGCCGAUCAUUAUCAGGCUGUGCAGGUGCUGAAGGCUUGUGGUGCCGUUUUGGUAUUAGUAGUGGAGCGUGAAGUUACCCGUCUGAUUGGACAUCCGGUUUUCAGUGAAGAUGGCUCAGUCUCACAGAUAUCGGUAGAAGCGCGACCAUUGGCAGCAGUAGCAGCAGCAGCAGCAGCAGGAGUAGGAGCAGUGCAGCAACAGCAAUUUAUUCAGCAACAUGAAAAAGUCAUUCCGGCACCAAUUGAAAUUAUUCCAGCACAGCAACCGCACCACCAACAACAACCGCCUGCAAAUUUCAACAGUUAUCAAGCGAAUGUAUUUACAACACCGUCAACUGCUGCUGCAACAUCAGCAGGACCAACAAAUACGGCAAAUUUAUCACAGCAACAGCAACAGCAACAGCUACAACCGCAACAUGUUGGGGUAGGAGCAACAAAUGGCAUUUUGGAAAAUGGCAAGGAAGCGCCUUUGAGCUACCUACAAUUACACACGACUCUGAUUCGUGACCAAAUCGGCCAGGGCUUGGGUUUCAGCAUUGCGGGUGGCAAAGGCUCGCCACCCUUUAAGGAUGGCAGUGAUGGAAUUUUCAUUUCACGCAUAACUGAAGGUGGCUUAGCGCAUCGUGACGGCAAAAUAAUGGUUGGCGACCGCGUGACGGCUAUUAAUGGAAUUGACAUGACGAAUGCGUGUCAUGAUGCUGCAGUGCAAUGUCUAACUGAACCGCAGCGGUUUGUGCGUUUGGUAUUACAGCGUGAAUAUCGUGGACCCCUUGAAGCGCCAUUAAGUCCACGCAGUCCCGCUGUAUUAAACUCUCUAAGUCCUUCCGGAUAUCUCGCUAAUCGACCAGCGAACUUUAAUCGUUCCAUCGGAGACAUAAUAACGGAGCAGGCACAAACUAAUUUACAGCAGCCAACCACAACGGCAUCGACAUUGGCUCAGCAACAGCAGCAGUCAGCGCAACAGCAAAUAUACGAAAUAAAUAAAAUUACUACGAUACCACCCAACGCAACGGUAGCAACCGCAGUCACUGGUAGUAACAACGCCCCGAAAACAAAUGGUUUUACGACUGCCACAACAACCGCUCCUCACCAGCAACAGUUUCAGCAGCAACAAAUUGAUAAGGUUACAGGUCAACCUGUACCUGCUCCAAGGCGGGCCAAUUCCAUACCUUUGGGCGAUGCAUUGCCUGAAGCGUCGUCCGCCAAUGGCGAUGCUGUAACGUCAUCAGAUUCCGCGAACAAACCGACAUCAUUGCCAGCCGCUGGCACAAACACAGCCAAAGAAACUUCAGCAGAAGCUCAGGUGCCUCCGCUGCGGCCACUGACUAGUGAAGAUUUCCAAGCUAUGAUACCGGCACACUUCCUAAGCGGUGGUAGUCAACAUCAGGUAAAUGUGGCAAGUGGCAACGAGGUGGGCGUUGGACCGUCAGUAACCGUAACGGUGAAUAAAGCUGUGCCAGAUCUGCCCAUGUUCCCGGCAGCACCCACAGAACUGGGGCGCAUUACUGAAACAAUAACGAAAUCCACAUUUACGGAAACCGUAAUGACCAGAGUCACCGAUAACCACUUAGCGGAGCCACUUAUCAGUGAGGAAGUAAUCUUGCCGAAGAAUAAAGGAUCGUUAGGAUUCAGCAUCAUUGGCGGUACAGAUCAUUCGUGUGUGCCGUUCGGUUCACACGAGCCGGGAAUAUUUAUAUCACAUGUUGUGCCUGAUGGUAUUGCACAUAAGAGUGGCAAACUACGAAUGGGCGAUCGAAUUUUGAAAGUGAAUGACGUCGAUAUCUCACAUGCUACACACCAAGAUGCUGUAAUGGAGCUGCUGAAACCAGGCGAUGACAUCAAACUCACAAUUCAGCACGAUCCUUUACCUCCUGGCUUCCAGGAAAUCAUCAUUAGUAAAACUGAAGGCGAACGUCUGGGCAUGCACAUUAAAGGUGGUCUUAAUGGUCAGCGCGGCAAUCCACUUGAUCCCACCGAUGAGGGUGUGUUUGUGUCGAAAAUCAAUUCAGUCGGUGCAGCGCGUCGUGAUGGCAGACUCAAGGUUGGUAUGCGGCUAUUGGAAGUCAAUGGAAAUUCGUUACUGGGCGCCGCACAUCAGGAUGCUGUGAAUAUUCUGCGCAAUGCUGGCAAUGAAAUUCAUUUGAUCGCGUGCAAGGGAUAUGACAAAUCCAAUUUAAUUCAUUCCAUAGGUGCAGCUGGCGGCAUGAGCACAGGCAUCAGUACAUCCAGCAGCCGACAUGGUUCUCGUGCUUCCGAAACUGGAUCCGAACUGAGCCAAAGCCAAAGCAUGUCGAGCUUGGAACGUGAUGAAGAUGAACGCAUACGACAAGAUUUUGAAGUUUUUCCACCGAAAACCGAAUCGAAUAACGAACCAUCAGUAUUGGCAUCUGUGGCGGCAUUGGCCCACUCACCCACCACACCACUGAGCGUAGGCGUUUUGCCACAACAGCAUGCAACUGAAAGCGAUACAUCCAAGAGUAGCAUUCCACAGAUACCAUCAAAUCCUCCAGAUUCACUAGCUACACUCACCAAUUCAGACAAAACAUUGGCGCAAACAAAAGAGAAGAGCACGCCCGAAAAGGUUCUUGAAAUUGUUCGUGCCGCCGAUGCAUUCGCCACUGUUCCACCCAAGUCACCAGCUGAACAUCACGAUCAAGAUAAAAUUCAAAAGACCACAACCGUUGUCAUUUCAAAACACACACUCGAUACCAACCCCUCGAUUGGUCUAGCCUCCUCACCGCCAACCCAUCCAACAGUAACAUUGCCAACUGCCGGCACAACCGCGACGACCACGACAUCACCACCUGUGUCACCGGCUUUGGUCACCGCCAGUACCGCAGAUGUGACGUCAGCAAGUGGCAAAAAUACAACAUCCACGCCACCUCAGCAACAGAGGCUCAUUGCAAUGCCAACUACACAAAAACCGCGACCACACACUAUAACCAGGCCUAGAGAUACCCGUUAUGAGUACAGAGAAAUGGUUAAAAAUCAGUCACUUUCUCGAGCGGGCGAUACCGUAAAGAAUGCAGACCAAGUUUACAUAAUUGACGACGACUAUGAUGGAGCAGAGUGCGAGGCAGUAGAGGACGAGGAGGAGGAGGAGGAGGAGGAGGAGGAGGAGGAGAAAGAGGUCUAUGAGCAACGCCAACAUGAAUGUAAAGACGUUGGUGAUGAUGAUGCGUUCGCUAAUUAUUCUCCGAAUAUGUCUGCCGAUCAGGGUGACAUCGAUUCUGAUUACUUUGAGCGACCACGGCCAUCGGCUCGUUACACUAGUGACUCUGAGAAUGAUUACCGUCCCCAUCGGCCGAACCACGAGAGGUUGGGCAAUAUUUCGGGGCGCAGUACUCCCGAUCUUUCGAGUUCGGCAUAUGGUGGCCAUCGCAAGUCUGUAAGCUUCGAUCUGAGUGGUGACGAACGGUCCAAAUCCGACUAUGAACGAUCACGUACGCCAGAUGGUUAUUCACGUUAUUACGAUUCCGAGCAGGAAUGUGGUAGUAUACGCCCACGUUUGCCACGCAAAGGUAUAUUACGUUCGGCCAGUCCAUCAUCAUCUAAUAAUUCAUCACUGGAGCGUUGUAAGCGUCCCGAAAAACUACCGCCAAUAGUGCCUACAGUAGCGCGUAUCAAAGAGAUCGAAUCGCCUACGCUUCAAUACGUUCGCUCUUCUUCACCAGUGACUAGCAGAGAAGGAAGUAGCAGUGGUUAUCGUAGUCCGCCGCCACAGCCAGAAAAAGUGUCGGUGUCGACGGAAAUCGAAAGAGAAAAUCCAUUCCGGGAGGCUUUCCUCGAUAAAACCAAAACCGACGAGUAUACCGAAUUGGCAAAGGCAAUGUCGAAAUCACCUUCAGCACUGAAAUCUCCACGUGACCAUUUUUUCUUUGGUUCGAAGUCUACGGAAAACCUAUUGGCAUCUGAACGUUCACCAUCGAGUGGUCGUAGCACACCUAGUACCGUGGUAAGCAUACAGUCGAAAUCCAUCGAAAAUCUAGCAUCAACAGGGGCCAAACCAAAGAAAAUACCUCCGCCAAUAUUACCUAAACCGAAAACCAAAAAGGCUGAGCUCGUACACAAUGUGGCACUUGAUGCCUUUCAAAAAGCUGACGUGGGCUAUGGAGAUUUUACUGUUUUCGAGCAUGAUCCCACCACGAACACAAUUCAUGAAGUUCGUUCACCUCCCACUCCACCAUCACUAGCAACGCCAACUGUUACAGUAACGCAAACUACUGGAAGUGGUGCUAAGCUUCCGGUACGUGUAAAAGGACCUCGUAGUCCCACUCGUCCUCGCGAAAGUCCACCUCCUCCUCCUGUUAACUACGCAACAUUGCCAAAGCUCUCUUCGCCCAGCGCAAAAGUAAAUGUGAAAAGCAGCGAAGAAUCUUACUACUUGGAAGUGCUGCCAUCACCACCGCCUCCUGGCGAUGAUAUACCGCCUUCACAACGACGCCCCACGGAGUUUAUACACGAAAAUUCGCCGGAUCACAUAUUGGUCACGGAAGAAGAGCACCGUACUAUCUUGCUACACGAGAACGAAAUUCGUAACCAACUUCGCAGUGGGGUCAGAAGACCGCAAAUCCCAGAAUUGGGACCACCGCAUGAUGAAGCGCCACCUGUUCCACAAUACGCGAGCAUCAAACACUCGGUAAAUCCAUUUAUAGAUAGUUCAGAUGACAAUUUUGAAUCAUUACCUCUCCCUCCACCACCUGAACACCUACUUUCCUCUGCGGUUCUAACUCCCGGUUGUGAUAGUAGUUCCCAUUGCGAUAGCGAAUCUUCAACUAUUAACAUUAUUUCUCCUAUUUCUUCUAUUACUUCUAAUGCGAACAUGCAGCCAAGAUUGGAUCUCUUACCGUCGACAGCCACAAUACAGACAGGCAUUCCAUCUAAAAAUCUACUUUCACCCACACAAAUAUUCCCUACAGCGCAAAUACUUCCUGUCCAAUACACCAGUCUUCCACAUCCCCAACAGCCGAAUACCACAAACAUCCUAACUGGUACGAACAAUCUUUCUAAUUCCCAGCAGAGUCAGUCUUUCCUCACUGUGGGUGGCCUUGUGCUGAUGCCACAAGUGCCAUUCAGUUCGUCAGCGUCGCAAGCAUCGUCAUCGUCGUCAACAUCGUUGGUUACUACACCCAUUUUCCUGGCCACCAGUGAUGGUACCGCGGCUGCCACUGCUGGUGUAUAUAUAAAACCACAGCAACAGCUACAACAGCGUCCACCGCAACUUCAUCUGCAUCAGCGUACAGUACUGUCACCUUCAUCUGAACCCAUUACAACGACAAAAGUGCCUAAAUCAGUUUCAGAUAAGAAACGGUUCUUUGAAUCAGCUAUGGAGGAACAACACAAGCCAUCACAAAAGACAGAGAAAGUUUUUUCCUUCCUGUCAAAGGAUGAAGUUGAAAAGUUAAAGCAAGAAGAAGAAAGGAAAAUUGCAACGCUCCGUCGUGAUAAGAAAUCAAAUGGAAACGAUGAGUAUGAUUCUUCUAUUACUUCUGCCACCGCUUCCGCUGCCACCACCACCAUACCGUGCCUUGCUGGCGAACAUCACAAAGUGCAGCCGGAUGAUGAUGAUGAGGAGGAUUAUGAUUAUGAGGACGAUGGUAGGCGACUUGUAGUUGACCACCGUCACGUACUCCGCGACACCAUCGUCGGGCGGGAUAAUUGUGAUGUGGAUGAUAUGAGCUUUGCCGAUUGCACAACACCACCAACAAGGAUAAAAUCACCAUCACCGAUACGCCACGUGACAGAGUCAGCACCGCAAACGUUAAGACUUAAACUCGAGAAACCGAAGAAAACGAAAAAGUCGAGUGUGAAAGGAAAAGCAACCGCAAAAGUACAGAGUUUGAAUACAACGCCCACAAACGAUACGGUCAUAGAGCAGCGCCCUGCUGUCCUUCGAAAGGCACCAACACCACCGACAAAAGCAAAACGAUCGCCACCGCCGCUAGUGGCAUCUACUCAGCCAGACUUGACUGCAUUCAAAUCACCGGCACUUGUUAAAUCCUUGACUGAGCCACGUACCACCACUACAACAAAGUCCACAGUAAUGCUGCAGUCCCUUAAACCUCAAGUAGUAGAUUCGGCACUUGCACCAACAACACCAACACCAACGCAACCAGCAAUACCUGUACCCGUUGCACGCACCGUCACCUCCAACACCUUUACAACUCAGCAACUAAGCAGCACCGUAGCGCAGUUUAUGGAUUCUGAACGGCAACAUAGCGACGCAAUAGGGAGCGAUUUCAAUGAGGCCGAGGAUACGGCGAGCAGUAUUGAAAGUGUUAUUGUUGCUGCUCCGUUAGUCACUUCAACACCUCCGACGUUGCGCGCACUUAAUAGUCAAAAGCCAUCUCUGUUACCGAAACCUAAAGUAAAAGUUGUUGUGCCACCUGCAUUGUUACUGCAACAGCAACAGCAACAGCUACAACAGCAGCAGCAACAACAAGAAGAAGAAGCAGAAGAAGAAGAGGAACAACACGUAACAUCACCAACCACACCGUCCAGUCGCAUACCGAUUCGCACGGCAAAUGCGGAGAGGCGUGCCAUGAAGGCGGCAGCUGCAGCUGCUGCAAGCGUGCAGGAGAAUGAAGAUGUUAUUGUUGACGUGGUUGAGCGGUCAUCCGAUGCAGUUCAACGUGAGCAGUCACCGCCAAAUGUGUCGAAGAGUAAAGCAAUGAUUAAUGCGGAGAAACGCGCGUCCUGGCGUGCAGCUCGCUUGCGCUCUCUAGAACAAGGCGCUCAAGAGGCUCAAAGCGUCAUUAAGAAUAUGAACAAAAUCGCAGAUGAUCUGCUUAGCGCACCCGCCGCUACUGAGCAGGCUAAAAAGAUUGUUUUUCCAAAAAUAGCAAUUAAAUCAAGCGAUGGUCCCGUUAUAAUACGUGAACGUGAAAAGAUACUCGAUGAGAAAAUUGUGCGACGUACCGAAGAGGUGCCAUGUCCUGUUACAGGACGACCUCAAUUACGAACUGUUGAAUACAUAGAAAAAAUCAUCGAAACCGAGGUGGAAACUUGCCAGGAGAAGAUAAUCUCAUUAGAGCUGCAAGAUCCAGAAAAUGACGAUUACGAAAGUGAAUAUAGUGGCAGGUAUAAAAAUAGCCCCUCAUCAGCAAUGCCUACGCUCGCGACCAAUGUCACUGUCUCAGCCUCAUCAUCCAUUGUGUUGGCCGAUGAGACAUUGGAGGAUGAGGAACCACCGGAGCUGUUGGAAGAAACAACUUUACUAGACACCGUUGACGAGGAUGAUGCCGAAGAAGCUGACGAUGGCAGCGAAGAGGAAGAUGAGGAGGACGCCGCCUCCAUUGUCACUGUUCAUGCAAAUAAUGAAAAGCUCUUCCUACGCAACGAUGACGAUUCAGCGCCAUCGGACGAUUUAGACAGUAUCAGUAUGUUUGGCCCUUCGUCCAUUGACAGUACAUCAUCUGUAUCAAAGCUGCGUAUACGGCCUGUGCCGAUAACAAUUCACCAGACAUUAGCUAAGGAAGUUGUUGUAACAGCGUCAGCUGAACCAACUGGGAGUGCAACUGCAACGCCAACUGAAUUCUCAGCUCACAGCACAAAUGCGGCAAACACCAUUGUAGAGGUGGUAAAUCCCUUGAUAACCGGCGAAGGACAGGUGAAAAGUAUUACGGUGGGCAGGACAAUAGAAUAUCCUACCGUAUUUAAAUAUGAACAGGUUAAAGGUGUACACGAUGAUGAUGACAACGACAACGAGGGUGAGCAAUUAGCAGCUGCUUCAACAGGCGUGUUGCGUAGUAGUACGUUCGUUAUGCCCAAAAUACAACAACAACAGCAGCAGCAGCAGCAAUUCCGACCGCCACAAGAGGAACUAUCGUUGAAUGCAAAAAUGAAGAGUGUGUUGGUGGAAUUAUUGGAGAAUGAACGCGUCAAAUUGAAUUUGCAGAAGAGUCUGGAAGAGGAAGACAAGGAGCAGCAAGAGGGCGCCUACGGUGACACGGACAAUGAGGAUGAUGUUGUGGACUACGCGGUGGUUCGAAAUAAAGAUCUCAGUGGUGCAGGAGGUGUGAGUGAUGAUAAUGGCAAUGAGCGGCUGUUGCAGGAACUUGUAAGGGAUAGCAAUAGGAAUACAAUUAAAAAACUAGCAGUCGGGCUUGGCGAUGACGAUGAUGAAAGUGACGCGGAAGAGGAAUAUGAUGAUGAUGAUGAUGAUGACGAUGAUGACGAUGAUGACGAUGAUGAUGAUGAUGACGAUGAAGAAGGAGAGGAAGAGGAUGAAGAGUCUUUGGACUCCAGCGAUUCAGAAGUAGAAGCCGGCGGCGAAGAUGAUGACGAGGAGACUGUAAAUAUAACAUUCGUCGACGGUUGCCAAGUGAUUAAGAAUCCCAAUGCUGAAUCUACGAAACUACAAAAAUCCCAAACGUACACUUCCAUUAAAGAGGCUGAUCAGCCAAAAGACUCAGUGACAGAUGCAAAACCCGAUCAACAUCUGGUUGUGAAACUUGAAAGCCCCGUAGCUGAAGUCCUGAAUAAGGACAUGGAAAAUACUGUGGAAAAACUGCAGGCAGAGCAACGUAAACUCGAAGAGAUCACAAAACAAUUGCGCAAAUCUGUAGAGAACUUACUGGCCGAUGAUGAUGAAAUCGCGUGUGCAAUAAGUGAUGUCAGCAGCAGAGAUCAAGAUGGGGUGCAUCCAAAACAGGGUGUUUUGCGUACUGUCGAAACGAAAACGGUCAUCGAUGAGGACGGUGGCAAGAAAACGAUUGUUAUCGAAACGAUACACAAGCCAGAGGGCAAACCAAAACGACACGCAACACGAUCUGAUGCCGAGACCGGGGAAACGAUUUUCAACAGACUUCUGCAUGCUGGUGGCGAUCACAAACAAAUAUUCGAUCAACAAACGGGUGAAAGCGUUACAACAACAACAACCACCGAUGCCGACGGCACCGUCACCACAACAACGACUACGAUUUCGAACGUCGUGAAGAGUGGCAUCCCCAGAGCGGUUUUAAAAUCAGAAUCGAAUAAGAGUGCAGAUAAUGAGAAUGCUUCGACGCCAGCGGAAGCAGGCGGCAGCGCGAAACAGAGCAAGCAAAAACGAAAAGGAAAAAAUGGCAAGAAAUAAAUAAAUACUCACGAAAUCAAAUAGAAAUAGAAAGGCGAAAAAGUAAAGCUGCGCCAAAAAAAGAGUUAAAACUCACUGACAACUUAACGCCCAUUAUUAUACAAUAAAUAGCUAAGGAAGCUCGAUAACUCGAUAUCUUCCUACUCGUGCUUGAGCUAUGUGCGUAAGGGUGUGUGAAUAGCGAUGUAAAAUUACGUUUGUAACGUAAGGAAAUUAACCCAAACAAAAGAAAAAAAGGAUAAAAAAUUAAGAAACAAAAAAUAAAAUAAAAUUUACGUGACAAAAAUUGAAAAAAAUUCGUCCCUUAGUUUAUAAUUGUAACGAGUUCGAAAAUUUAGACACCGAAAACGGUUCUUAAGAAAUAUCAUAAAUUAUCCGUCGAUGUGUAUGUAUUGUUAGAUAAGUAAAUUUAAAUAUGUUUUGCAUCAUUCCCUUAGUAAUUGGAUUUAUGUCUUAGAAUAAAAUAAAAUAAAUGGAAAAUAUUUAAGAUAAAUAUACGAACAUAAAUACAUAAUGGCUUAAAUCAU